AUCUCUCAAAUCUAGUCCGAUUUUGGUGAUUCUUGGGUCCAUUUUGGGUGAAAUUUCACAAGGAAUUCAGAUUUAGUCUUGAAUCUUGAAGUUUCUUUUGUUUUGGGGCCGGAUUUGGACCUAAGGGGUGCCGAAAUUUUGGGUUUUUUGUGGGUUUUUGGGUGAACUUCAAGCUUUAGUGAUUCUCAUCUUCUACAACACCAAGGUAUGGCUUCUAGGAAAGGAAAGGGAGUUGCAAGUUCUUCCAAAGGGGAUGAGGUACAACAAAAAAGGAGGAGAUUGGCUCGGAUUGGUGACCCGGACUCGGAGGAGGAUGCACCGCCAAGGGGGCCAAAGCCGGAUUGGACAGCCGGCUCAUUGUUAGACCAACCCGCGGAAUGGAGAGCGGAUUUAUUUCACGAACAAAUGAACAAGCUUAAACAAAGGGGAGAAGCUUUUAUUUGUGAAAAAGAAAUCCGGGAGGCUGAUUUUGCCCCAUUCGGGAUCAUAGCAAAGUUUAACGCGUUGGGUUGGGGGGCGGUCACAAAGUGUUAUGAUGGCGAGAAGAAGAAAAUGUAUGACACGCAGAUUCAAGAGUGGGUGGCAUCACUUGAAUGUCCCCCAUUCAAAGCUCCAAAUAAGAUGCGGUUGGUUGGAAAGUGUAAUGGUGUUAAGGUAGAGAUGUCAUAUGACUCUUUGCGCCGGGUAGCAAAGUUUGAUGAUGGGCCGGCCAAUGAGUACAUCUACCCAAGUCUUAAGGAUCUUUACCACGAGCCCGCUAAACAUCCACAAUGGCAAAACAUGCUUGAUUACCUCUUUCUUCCGGGCACAACACAUGGGAAAUUAUAUAGAAGAAAUUUAAGAAUGGAAGCGAAGUUGUUAUUGACGUUGUGCAUGUACAAUGUCAUGCCAAGGCGAGGUGACAAGAUGGAGGUACGGUUUCAAGAAGUGCCAAUCUUGUAUAUGAUGAUGCGUGGGUCACCUAAGGUUCCUUUCCGAUUUUUGGUACUAAACAACAUUUGGUUGAGCAAGAAUAGUAGGGAAAAGAAGAUUAUACCUCAUUGCCGGUUGAUUACGGCAUUGCUCAAGAAGUACGGGGCAAUCAAAGGAGAUGAAAAAGGGUCCUACAAGAGGUUUAGACCAUUCGACCUUAAUAAUCUUGGGUCGGAUUGGACCUACACAGAAUCGGAAAGGUUUCAUAAAUUGAAGACGGAUGGUAGAAGAUGGAGAGCCUUAAAAGUGGAUGCGAGACCGUUAAGACCGGGAGAGGAAGAGGAACCCGAAUCAAUGGAUGAGGAAGUGAGUGGGGAUGAUGAUUAUCGUGAAGAUACUUUCACGGUAGAUGUUCAAGUAGGAGGUGUCGGUCAAGUGGGGGUUCAAGGAGCCGGCGUACAAUCUGGUUAUGUGGGUAGUGCAUUUGACUAUGCACAACAGGCUUAUGACCCGUAUUGGGCCCAUUCGGGGGAUAUGGGUCAAAUCAUUCAACAAAGGCGACCACCCACAUUCGGUAAUUGGAGUGAACAAAACCAAGUGCUAUUUGAUCAACAAACAUUUAUGGGUGCUAGUGUGGAAAGGGCUAUUAAAAGAAGCUACGAUAGAAAUGAGCAAUGGAACCGUGCUCAUAGAUAUGCCCGUGAAGAAGACACGAACAACCGUUACUUGGAUGAUCGUCAAAGACGCAUGCAUGACCAAUGGCAUGCGGGGCAGCCAGUUGUAGGAGAUCCACCCAUUGUGGACUACACCACAUUGCCACCAUAUGAUGGUAGUGUGUCAUACCCCACCCCGCCAUUGCACCAUUCUCAAUGGGUGGACCCGCAUGCCAUGAGUUAUCAACAAGCAAAUCCAAGCAGUGAUCAAGGAAGCAGUAGUAGCGGUGGAGCGUUUGGUUUUGGUGAGUGGACGGAUAUGAUGACGUCCAUCUUUGGGCCUCCACAGCCGAAGUAUUACUAGCCAGGUCGUAUUUCGCUCCUUUGUACAUUUUUGUAUAUAUGUCUAUGUGUUUAUGUUUAUGUUGCGGUUGGGAGGUUGGGUGGUGUUUGUGUUAAUAUGUUGAUGGGUUGUGAGAGUUGGUGGUGUUUCUAAAAAAAAAAAAAAAAAAAAAAUUUGGGUUUGAGAAUAUAAGCAAUUGGGGAUGUUUUUGUUGAAAGCGAUCUUUCCCUCAAAACCAUACAUUGGGACAAUGUAUCCCAAGUGUGGGGAUGGGGGAAAUUUUUGAGAAAUUCAAAAAUUUUUGCAAAUCCAAGCGAAAGUGUAAAAUUUUGAACACUUGAUAUUGUUCCAUUUGACACACCGACACCCAUCUCUAAUCCUUUCUUGGUGAGAAUUGAGCCACGCAUGAUUGUUAUU